GCUAUUUUAAUUUUUAAGGGUCAAGGUUACGACUGUCCUCUAGAAUAUUAUUUAAAACAUGAGCUUGAAAUUAGCCCCAAUCAUCCGAUUAUUCACCAUACGCCUUUCAUCUACUGCCUCUUCGAAGUCUGCAGCGGGAGAGCCAGCCCAAUCUGUGAAAACUGCAAAUGCAGCCCAGAAAACUAAAACCGAAUCAGCUAAGCAAACUUCAUCCUAUCAACCGAAGAGAGAGCCACACGGCCUUUAUUCAUAUUACGAUUUGGAUUCCGCCUGCGAUCCACAUAGGCAAGAACAACCGGCUAGUUUGAGGAAGUAA